AUGGCCCUCCCGGCCCCGAGCCUGCCGGCCUUCGCCUCCUUCUGCAAAGACGCCCGCCUGGGACUCCCCCCGCCGGCCCCGCCGCUGGAGCUGCUGGAGGCCAAGCCGAAGCGGGGGCGCCGGGCGUGGCCGCGCAAGCGGAGCGCCGCCCACACCUGCACCUACCUGGGCUGCGGCAAGACUUACACCAAGAGCUCCCACCUGAAGGCCCACCUGCGCACCCACACCGGUGAGAAGCCCUACCACUGCAACUGGGACGGCUGUGGCUGGAAGUUUGCCCGCUCGGAUGAACUGACCCGGCAUUAUCGCAAGCACACUGGGCAUCGGCCCUUCCAGUGCCACCUCUGCGACCGGGCCUUUUCCCGCUCGGACCACCUGGCGCUGCACAUGAAGAGGCACAUGUAGGCCCUCCCCCCACCCCCAAGGACCAAAGAAGAUGAGGAUGCUGGGGGUACAGGCAGGAUCGUGUAGCUGGUACUACACCGGCCCAUACCGGAGGGGGGGCUCCGAAGAUGGGCAUCGACUCCAGGAGGCAGCUGGCACUCCCGUACUUCCUGAAGAGGCCGACCGGCCGUUCUCUUGCAACCGGGGAGAAUGGGGACAUAUUUAUAAGACGCUGAACGAGGCAGGACAGACAAAAGGCCGCGGAACUUUUUUUUUUAAGGGUUGGAGCCCCAUACCUCUAUUGUUCCAGAGCCCUGUGGCACGUGUAGGCUUACCGGGUUUCCCCCGGGGGGCAUAGGUUUUCGGGACAGUGCCCUGAAACGUGGACCUCUUCUCGUGGCUUGGAACGUGGCCUGAUCCGUGCAAUACCCUCGCCCGCCGCCUUCCCCUACACUAGGACGGCAAGACUGGAAGUCUUGCGAAGACGUGUAACUUUUAAUGUAUAAGAAAAGUUGGGUGUAAAUACUUGUAAAUAAUUUUAUACGGAAAUGGAACUUGUCGGACCAGAGGCAAAAUGGUUUUGUCUGUUUUUUU